GGAACAUUAAACUACAACCCCCAGAGAGCUCUGCGCGUCGAGACACAGUUUCCUGUCGUAAAUGACGGUUAUGACGCGUAUCCGGAAGUGACGGCAUUAGGAAUCGAAGCCAUGGCGAUGGAGGGAGAUGUAGGUAAGGCUGGUGGUGCCACCAAGUCCAGCAGUGAGCGAUCCUUCAGUCUUGAGCGCCUGGGCUCUUCUAACAGACCCAAUAAAUUGUAUGUGAAUCUAAUGAAACAAGAAGAGCUGAUAGCACAGAAGAAAAAAGAAAUUGAAGCCAAAAUGGCAAAGGCUAAAAAGGACAGUUUCACAAAGCUGCAAGUGAAUGCUGCUGAAGAUGAUGACCAAAAGAAUACAUCCAACAAGUUUGCCAAUGAUGGGAGCUUCCUGCAGCAGUUCCUAAAGAUGCAGAAGGAGAAGGCAAGUACAGGGACGCCAACAAGCAACAGCAGUAACUCCACCAGCCCCUCAGGGACCCAGGUACAGAAGAGGCAGAUUCUGAUUGGGAAGCGACCCGGUCUAGGAGUAGCAUCUUUGGGAAGCACGUUAAAUCAGAUGAAGAACUACACCCAUGCCAAACAGACACCAAUCGCAGCCCGCCCCAGUGUCUUCCAAUCACCAGAUGAUGAAGAGGAGGAGGAUGAGGACCUUGAGCAGUGGGCUGAAGUGAAAGUUUCACCCCCAGAGGAGCCCGAAGUCCGAAGUGUCGCCGAGAAGUUGGCAAAAUACGUGGCAGAUGGGGGACAUGAGGUUGAAAAGCUUGCCAUUCAGAACAACAGGGAUAACCCUGCCUUCUCGUUUUUAUAUGAUCGCAACAGCCGAGCAUUUCUUUAUUACAAGAAAAAGAUGGCUGAAAUCAAACGAGAGAAGCAGUCUGGACUGUCAGUGCCCAGAGCCCCUGUAGCGACCUCCACCACCACAACCACUAUCACCCCUUCGUCAGUGCCAAAAGUUUCACCCCCAGACGACCCGGAGGUCCGGAGUGUGAUUGAGAAACUGGCAAAGUUUGUGGCUGACGGGGGUCCAGAUGUGGAAGAGAUGGCCAUCCAGGACAAUCGAGACAAUCCGGCCUUCUGGUUUCUCUAUGAUCAAAAUAGCGAUGCAUAUCGAUACUACAGGGACACAGUUGAAGUUUUCUGCAAAGUGAAGACCAUCGCGCAGAAGGCCGUCCAAGCCAGUUUAAUGGCGAUGUCCUCUUCCACCCCACAGAAACGGAAGAGCUCUCCUGAGCCUGUUUCUAGUGACUCUCCCCAGGAACCUACACCUGUGCCAGCACCUCCGCCUUCCUCUUCCUGUUCCUCGUCCUCACUUAAAAAGAAAAAGAAGAGCCGCUGGGGCCCAGAAGACGAUAAAAUUGAACUUCCUCCUCCUGAAUUGGCUUUUUCAAUGCAAGUGCCUGGCUUAACAACUCAGGAUUUGAAGGGUCUUGGCUAUCAGAAAGGUAAGCCGGUCGGAUUGGUGGGAGUCAACGAACUCAGUGAUGCACAGAAGAAACAGUUAAAGGAACAGCAGGAGAUGCAGCAAAUGUAUGACAUGAUCAUGAAGCACAAGCAAGCCAUGCAGGAGAUGCAGAUGAUGUGGGAAAAAGCCAUUCAGGAUCACAGGCAUGAAUAUGACAGUGAUGAAGAGAUUGAUGGUGAUGCUGGUACAUGGGAACAUCGUCUGCGACAUAUGGAGAUGGAGAAGACUAGAGAAUGGGCAGAACAGCUGACUGAGAUGGGUCGAGGUAAACAUUUUAUUGGAGAUUUCCUACCCCCUGAUGAACUGGACAAAUUCAUGGAGACAUUCAAAGCUCUGAAGGAAGGAAGAGAGCCUGAUUACUCUGAUUACAAGGAUUUCAAAAUUACAGUAGAGAACAUUGGUUACCAGAUGCUAAUGAAAAUGGGCUGGAAAGAAGGUGAAGGACUCGGCUCAGAGGGUCAAGGCAUCAAAGCUCCUGUUCCCAGAGGCACCACGGCAGUCGAUGGAGCUGGGUUUGGUAUUGAUCGGCCUGCAGAGCUCAAUAAGGAUGAUGACGAGUAUGAGGCAUUCCGUAAGCGGAUGAUGCUGGCCUAUAGAUUCAGACCCAACCCGCUGAAUAACCCAAGGAGGCCUUAUUACUGACUCCUGCAUUUCCACACGCAGCCACAAGGAGGUUUCCCAGUUCAGUUCUUUGCUGUGAUGUUUAGUUUGGUUCUUCAAUGGCACAGUGAUCAGAUGACCGUGCUUGCAAGAGAUGAACUCAAGAGUUGGAUUUCCCUUAAAAAUGGUGUUGAAAUCUUCUAAACCACUGGGCCACAUUCCUCCCAGUUUCCUUUCCAUAUUCAAAGCAGCCCUUUUCCUCUUCAUACGGGAAAAGAAAAGAGGAAAGAAAAGCUUCUUCAGGUCUCAACACGAUGGCAAUCAUGCUGAAUCGCUCCGUAAACCAUAAAUCUGAUAACAAUGUAGUGUUCAGGAUCAUUGGUGAGGACAGUCGAACCAUCCCUUACAUAUAUCCCGCCUAUGGAGAUUCAGGUGCAAGAGAAGACUGCAGUGCAUCUCACUAUGCUCCUGCGGAUGAGGGAAGAAUUGUUUUCUUAUCCAUAUGGAUGCUUUAAACACCCUGAGAGAAACCUAAGGAAGUGUUACCGAGGCCUCAAUGUGCAGCAGGAGAAAUCUCAACCGUUUUGGACAUCUCUGAUAGUUGCUCAGUAACUUUUUACUCUCUAGAAGGUCUGUCAAACAUUUUCUUGCAAAAUAUAGAACUGCUGCAUGUUUGUGCUGAAAUAAAUUUUAUCAUUCUAAUCA